GUGCAGUUGAAAGAGCUGGAGGCCUUCACAAACGCUGAGCAGGGCUUGCUCUCGCAGGACCACAGACACAAACGGGCCUUAGAACAGGCUGAUGCCGUCCGAGAAGGUGUGCCCGAAAAGAAGCUGAGAAGGGGCGAGCUGUUGGUGGUUGAUAAGAGUCAGCUGAGAGCCAAGAGCUUCUGGACCAAGGAGUUCACGCCUACAGCCGCGCCAACAGAAGUCAAGAAAGUCGACGCGACGACUAGAUGUCCGAUGACUGGCAAGAAGCUGAAGGUGAAGGAUCUCAUUCCUGUGAAAAUGGAUAUCGCAGAUCAAAAACUGAUGGACCAGGGCGGAGGCAAAGGCGUGUACUGCUGUGCGGUAUCCAAGAACGCCAUCAUCCAUCAGCAGGCACUUCUUCUGAAGCCCACCGGAGUCGUCAUUCUGGAAAGCGUCUGGAAGGACAUAGUUAGCAAAGAGAUGAAGUGCCCAGUCACUGGAAAGAAGUUGCGAGGUGAGGAGGAUCUCUUGAAGCUGGAGCGCGGAGGUUCUGGCUUCAGCGCCCACAACGAUGUCGAAGCAAAGUCCUUCACCAUGAUCCGGAGUGCGACCGGCGACAACCGAACGCAAGCAGGGCAUUUGCCCAGAGCGGGCUAUGCGGGACUCCACUGA